AUGCCUUCCCUGUGGAAACGGGUAACGUUCUCGGUGGCCUCGGUGCUCUGUGUCGGCUCGGUGGCCCUCUUGGUCGCGGCCCUGUCCACGGAGCGGUGGGUCGCCGGGCGGAUCCUGUGUAAAACCGGGGCGGAGAUAGUGAACGCGUCCCAUCCGGAGCUGGACCAGUUCAUCGGGGACAUUUAUUACGGCUUGUUCCAGGGAGGAAAGAGCAAGAAGUGCGGGCUCGGGAAGAGGCGCUCCAAAAUAUUCAUUUUCCCAAAGCUGGUACGAACAUUGAACGCUGGCCUUCACAUGAUGGUGAUCCUCUUCUUGCUGGUGGCCAUUGGCUUCGCUCUGGUCAGUCUGUCUUUCUGUAUUUACAAUGCACGCAAGGUUCCCUACCAGAGCAUCAAGGGGCACAAAGGACUCUACCUGUGGAACGUCAUCGCUGCGGUUUUCGGUGCCCUGGCUGUUUUGUGUUUCCUGGCAGCCGUGAGGCACCACAGUCUGACCGAGCGGGUGGCAAACUAUCAGGAGAACCUCUUCGUCCUCGUUGUCCUGGAUGACAGCCUGGACUGGUCCUUCUGGUUGGGUGUAGGCAGCAUUGCAACUCACUUUGCUGUCUGUGGAGCGGUUGCCAUGAGCCGGAUCAAGCUGCCCAAACCGGAGAUCAAGAAACCCGAAGAACCAACCAUCUCUGCUCUGGACCUGCUCUACUGAAGGAUCGAACAAGGAGCAUCAUGUUAGCACUUGACAUCAUUUAUGGUUGGCCCCUGGUUGUCAGAGCAAACCACUGACU